CCCACACUAUUCAUGGUCGAAGGGUUGAACAUACUUUUAUUGUUGUUAUAAAACAUUACGGUACAUUCGCCUAUGUCUCCUCUACUCGUUUACAGCUUCCCCCCCUCUCGUUUGUUUCAGUUUGUCCAAACAGCCUUUUCUUCUCCGUGGUUACAGGAGCGGUACGAAAGAUGAUAGCGGACUCGUACAGCCACGAGAGGCCUCUGGUCAUCCGCAUCUCCUUCACCGCAUGUGCCCUGGGCACCGUCAGCCUGCCGCUGUUGGCCCUUGUAAUCUGCGUCCUCAUCUCCUCCGUCUUUCACUUUGAGGACUCCACCAGCACACACUGCAAGGUUCCCAACUACCUGCCGUCCAUCAGCGCCUCCAUCGGCCUGAGCCCCGAGCGCCACAUCUGGCGCUUCUGCGUGGGCCUGCACUCUGCGCCCAGGCUCCUGGUGGCCUUCACCUACUUCAAGUUCUACCAGGUGCGCUUUUCCGCCCGGCUGCCCGAGCGCUCGCUGGCCUACCUCAGCCUGGCCUUCUCCGUCUCCGAGAACCUCGGCCUGCUGCUGCUCACCUACGUGUCGUCCAACGAGACCUACUAUGUCCACAAGGAAGGCUUCAUCCUCUUCAUUCUGAGCUCGUUCAUCUACAUGCUCAUAACGUGUCGCCUGUGGAAGGCCGUCAAGAAGUGUUCGUUAAAUCCCGAGGAUGCCAAAUCCCAUCACUGGAAAGUGCGCUUCUUACUCCUCAAAUUGUGCUUCUGCGCUUUCGCCGGAUUCUUUUACAUCAAACACAACUUGUACUGUGAGUCGGGGAGUUACACAUUGUUUGCCCUGUUCGAGUAUCUCGUCGUCUUCUCCAACAUGGCCUUUCACCUCACGGCGGCGUGGGACUUCAGGAGCCGCGAGGUGAUGAUCAUUUCCUCCUCCGAGGCCAAGAACUUCUAACUAGAGACCCCCCAAGGACUCAGCGAGACCGGCGUCGAAGACCGGGUCACUGAGGAAGAACGCCACCACUGAGGCCUUUUUUCCCCCACACGUGAUGAGUUGACGUAGAGUAGAUGCACGGAGGUUAGAGGACGAAUGUCGACCUGCCAGGAUGCUCAAAGGUUCUCCGUCUCGCCCAAAUAUUGACGUGCUGCUGCUUGUUUUGUUUACUUGUGCAGAGUCUCACAGUGACGUCUAAGUGCAAUGUCCACAGUGAUCACAGUGUGCCAAAGUAUUGCUCUCAAGUU